UUUUUCAUAAAACGUUUUGUUUUGUUUUGGUUUUUCGAUUUGAUUCGAUUCGAUUUCACAUUCGAAUCAUCAUUCAAUCAUUCAUCAUCGAUGGCUUGUAUGGAUUUUUCAUUCGAUUCAAGAAUUCGUAAAAAAUAUGUACCAUUAAUCAAUCAACAGCGAUAUCUACGUCAUGUAAAACGUAUUGCAGCACGUAAUCUAUUUAUUCCGGAACAAUUAUUACGAAAUAAAGUAAAAUUCCCACAUCAUCAGGAUGAUAAUGGUGAUUCAAUUGUCGAUAAUGUUGAUGAUUUAUUUGCUCAACAUUCGAAUGAUAAUGAAGAUGAUGAAACAUUGCUAUAUUCACGUUUAAAUAUUUCAUUUUAUUAUACUAUACAUUAUCCAAUUAUUCAACAAUGUCAUGAUUCGAACGAACUUUUCAAAUCAUCAUCCAAUCAUAAUCAUCAUCAUCAGGAUUGUAAUUGUGGACGAUUAUUAUAUCGUAGUGAAUGUUUAAUGAAUAAUAAUCCAUCAUGGAAAGUUUUCAAUGGAUCAUCACUUUGUUCACCAUCAAUAUCACAAUUUAUUGUUCGUGUUUAUUUUCUACAAAAAGAUCGAUUUAAUCCAUCAUCAUCAUCAAGAAAUUAUAUCAAACUGAAUGAUGAUGAAGAAAUGCAAAUUUCGAAUGAAAUUGGUACAUUAUUUCUUGAAUGGAAUGUAAAUCUUACUGGCCUACUGUAUAUUGGUGAAGAAUUUCCAAAAGAUCGACGUUUAACACGAAAUUCAAUAAUAUUUGGUUUUGCUGAAGGUUUUUAUACAAGUGUUUGUUCAGUUGCAAGUGAAAAUCUUCUUACACAUUCAAUACCACCAAGUGAAAGUUUACAAAUUAAUGAUUAUCAUUUAACACGUGAUUCAUAUUGUCUAGAUACAUUAAUACGAAUACAAAUUAUACAAUGUAUAAUACAAGCAACAGCAACACAAUCACAGCUAGAAAAAUCAUCAUUAGAAGAUGAAUUGGAAAAAUUUCGUCGUAAACAAGAAUUACAAUCAGAAAUUGAAAAAAUGAAAACUUCUAUUGAAUUUCUUCAAAUAGUAAAGGAACGUCGUCGUAAACAAUUAGAAAAACAACGUAAAGAAUUGUUAAUGAUUGAAGAAAAAUUAUGUGAAUAUAAUAUGGAUAUGUCAUCAAAUGUACAAAAACUUAAACAAGAAUUAUCCAUAUUAAGUGAAUUACGUUCAAUAAAAUUACCUGAAAUGGUUAGGAAAUUAUUACAAUUACGUACGACAUUAUCAUAUCAUCGGAAAUUAUUAGCAAGGAAAUUUUUCUCCGAUAUUUAUUCAAUUGAACAAUUUCCCGAUGGACAAGGUUAUUCAAUAAAUCAUAUACAUUUACCUAGUUCACAACAACAAUUUGAACAACAUCAAUUGAAAAUGAUAUCAAUUGGUAUUGGUUAUGUUGCACAUCUUGUUUAUUAUCUUUCAAUUGUAUUGGAUGUUUAUCUUUUUCAUCAGAUAAUACCAUUUGGUUCAAAUUCAUCAAUAUUAGAUCUUUAUAAUCGUCUAUUAUCACCAUCCGAUCGUAUUGUACCAUUAUAUUUAAAAUCAAAAUCAAAUUUAAAUUUAAAAUUUUUUAAACAUGGUUGGUAUCUAUUGAAUCGUAAUAUUGUAUUUUUAUUACAAUCAAUUGAUGGUAUUGUUGAUAAUGAAAUUGAUUUAGCUAAAACAUUAUACAAUUUAUAUUCAUUAUAUCGUAAAAGAUUUGCAUAUGAUAAUGAUGAUAAUAUUGGUAAUGAUUGUCCUAAUGAUGAUACAUUAAAUCGUUUCAAUACUUAUACACCAUCGAUCAUUAUGGUCGAUAAUAAUAUCCAUAGCCAACAACAACAACAACGUCAACGUAGCCAUAGUGAUGAUAAUAAUUUUGAUUUGGAUAAUGAAAAAUUAUUACGUAAUAUUAAUGAAGUUAAAAUUAACGAUAUAAUGAUUGAUUCAUUAUGGAAAGAAGUUGAACAAAUGACAAUACAAUCGAUAAAAACUCAGACACAAUCCACGAUUGGAAAAAAACAACAACAGUCAUCAUCAACUUCGGCAUUGACAGCUAUUGUUGAAGAACAGAUAAAAGAUAUUAUUAGUAAACAACGACAACAAAAGCGUCAACAUAAUUCCGAAAUUCUAAGUCAAUUAUCAUCAUCAUUAUCAUUUUCACGUGCAUCAUUAUCAUUCGAUAUAUUAACACCAAAUUCUAUACGUUCAUCUGUGAUAUCAACAUCAUCACCACAGGAAAUUCUUCGUCAUCAACAACGACGAUUUAGUUCAACAACCAUAACAAAUCCACCAUUAUCAUCAUCAUCAAUGGUAAUAAAUUCAGGACAAUUAUCAUCAUCUUCAUUUGGAUCAAGUGGUAGUGGUGGUGGUGGUGGUUUUUUACAUGAUGGUGAUCAUCAUAGUCCAUCAUCAUCAUCAUCAUUUCGUUUAAAUGGUCAUCAUUUAAAUUGUCAAUCAUCAAUGUUAUUUCAACAAUUUCAUUCGAUACGUAGAAGUCAACAACAACAACAAUCAAAUAUAUCGAAUACAAUGUUAAUCCAUGGUCCACAAUCAUUACCAUCAUCAAUGAAUCAUUCAUUUUUACAUCCAACAACAACAAUAACGGAAACAACAACAACCGCAGCAACAACAUUGGCAGAAAAUUCUUUAUCCAAUCAAUUACCACAAUGCUCAUCAUCAUCAUCCAAUACUUUUAAUAAUCUAUCUUUAUCAUUAGAUAAUCUAAUUGAUAGAAAUCAUCAUAAUCAUAAUCAAAAUCAUCGUUUAUCAAUUGAUCAAAAUCAUCGAAAAAAACAAUUUGAUACAAUAUCCAUUGUUCAUGAUGAUAAUGAUGAUGAUGAUGAUGAUGAUGGUAUUACAUUCCAUUGUAUGGAUCUGAAAAAUUCAACAAAAUUCAAUGAUAAUGACCAUCAUCAUCCACAGCAACAACAACAGUCGAUAAUUAAUGAUAAUGAUGAUGAUGGUCAUUCAACGUAGUUUUUCAUUAUUAUUUUUUUG